CCUCGCUUACACAGUAUGGCCGGCGACAUUAGCUAGCGCUCGCUCAACUCUCUCUUAACGGGAAAGCAGCGGACUACCAGAGACUGAACUGUAUCUGCCUCUAUUUCCAACAGACUCACGUUCAACUUUCGCUCACAAAAAAAAAAAAAAUUCGCCGGGAGAAUUUUAUUAGUCCUUUUUUUUUUUAAAAAAAAGUUAAUAUAAAAUUAUAUCAAAAAAAGAAAAAAAAAAGGAACCUGAACUUUAGUAACACAGCUGGAACAAUCCGCAGCGGCGGCGGGAGCGGCGGGAGAAGAGAUUUAAUUUUAGUUGAUUUUCUGUGGUUGUUGGUUGUUCGCUAAAGUCGCACGGUGAUGGAAGCUGCACAUUUCUUCGAAGGGACCGAGAAGCUGCUGGAGGUCUGGUUCUCCAGGCAGCAGUCCGACGCAAGCCAGGGAUCUGGGGAUCUUCGCACCAUCCCGAGAUCUGAGUGGGAUGUCCUUUUGAAGGAUGUGCAGUGCUCGAUCAUAAGUGUGACAAAGACUGACAAGCAGGAAGCUUAUGUACUCAGUGAGAGUAGCAUGUUUGUCUCCAAGAGACGUUUCAUUUUGAAGACAUGUGGUACCACCCUCUUACUGAAAGCACUGGUUCCCCUGUUGAAGCUUGCUAGGGACUACAGUGGGUUUGAUUCGAUUCAAAGCUUCUUUUAUUCUCGUAAGAAUUUCAUGAAGCCUUCUCACCAAGGGUACCCACACCGGAAUUUCCAGGAAGAAAUCGAGUUUCUUAAUGCAAUUUUCCCAAAUGGAGCAGCAUAUUGUAUGGGACGUAUGAAUUCUGACUGUUGGUACCUGUAUACUUUGGAUUUCCCAGAGAGCCGAGUAAUCAAUCAGCCAGAUCAAACCCUGGAAAUUCUGAUGAGUGAGCUUGACCCAGCAGUUAUGGACCAGUUCUACAUGAAAGACGGUGUUACUGCAAAGGAUGUCACUCGUGAGAGUGGAAUUCGUGACCUGAUACCAGGUUCUGUCAUUGAUGCCACGCUGUUCAAUCCUUGUGGCUACUCAAUGAAUGGAAUGAAAUCAGAUGGAACAUAUUGGACUAUUCACAUCACUCCAGAACCAGAAUUUUCUUAUGUUAGCUUUGAAACAAACCUAAGUCAGACCUCCUAUGAUGACCUGAUCAGGAAAGUUGUGGAAGUUUUCAAGCCAGGAAAAUUUGUGACCACCUUGUUCGUUAAUCAGAGUUCUAAAUGUCGCACAGUGCUUUCUUCACCCCAGAAGAUUGAAGGUUUUAAACGUCUUGAUUGCCAGAGUGCUAUGUUCAAUGAUUACAAUUUUGUUUUUACCAGUUUUGCUAAGAAACAGCAACAACAGCAGAGUUGAUUAAGAAAAAUGAAGAAGAAAAAGCGCAAAAAGAGAAGACACACAGGAGGUGGUGGCCGCUUUCUAGAUGUUGACACUGGGGGCUGUGCUCUCCAUGACCACCACCUUGUAGUUGCAGAAAGCCCUAGGUGUAAUGAUAGUGUAAUCAUUUUGAAGUGUAUGCAUUAUUAUAUCAAGGAGUUAGAUAUCUUGCAUGAAUGCUCUCUUCUGUGUUUAGGUGUUCUACGCCACUCUUGCUGUGGAAUUGAAGUGCAUGUAGAAAAGAACUUUGACUGUAUGAAUCUUUACGACACUUGUGAAAAUGAUUCAAUUUGGUUUAUGCACAGUGUAAUAUUUCUGCAGGCAUCGUCCAAAAUCCCCCACAGACAAGGCUUUCGUCCUCAUUAGAUGCUGGCCUCAGCUGACCAUCUGCGACUGUUCAAUUGCUGCCAGAGUUUUUACAUCCAGUUACCUCCACUUUCUAGAGCAUAUUCUCUACUAACGUUAUUCAAAAUCAAUUUUUACUUCAUACAGGUGUUUUAUGCAAUGGCAAUUAAAAGUUUUUCUUCCACAAGUUGAGUCCUUGUAAGAAAAUAAUUCCAGUUACUGUUUUGUGUUCUACUGUUCAAUAGUUUGUACAUUUGUAGCCCUGUGAUUGAUUUCUCCUCUCACCUUCUCAGCUCUUUCCUUCACUUCCCCCCCUGAUACAGCAAUACACUGUUACACUGUGGGCUUAUGUAACAAUCUUACACCCCAGGUGGGGGAAUUUAGACAUGGUCCCUGGUGUAAUUUUUUUUCUAAGACAUAAGGAAUGUGGCCUUCUUAUUGGCAUGAACUUCUGUGGAAGAUAAAUGACAAAACUGUAUCAAAUGAAAAGAAUUGAAGUCUCUGAGGGUGAUUAGCAGGAAAACCCACUAAGAAAAAAAAAAAAACUGCAUUGUGUAUGGUGGUUGAGUGUUUUUAAUUCCAGCAUUCAGGAGUUAGGGCUACAGAAGAGAAACCCUAUCUUCAGUGGAAACAGUGGGCUAUGCCGUGCACUUCAAUUAGCUUUAAUGGAGUGCCUGCCCUGCCUUCACCAACUUACCAAGUAGCUAUAGGAAGAAUGGUCACCAAGUCAAUGCAGAAGCUAAAUCCUAAAGGUUAGAACCUUUAGGAUUUAAAGGUAAAAGUACGGUGCCCUUUUUCCUUUAGCCACCAUUGCCACCAAUUACUCCUAAAGGAAAAUUUGACCUUUCCAUCUAAGACUUAAAAGUUGUAACUUUUUGUGAUGCCUGUGAGCUGUCUGUUCUGUGUGGUCUUCCUUUCACCAUGGUGUCACGUGAUCAGAUGAAUGGCUGACCAGCAAGGAGCUACCCAGGCACUCGGCCAGAUAGUGAGUGUAGGAACAGAACAGCGCUGAAGAUACUUAGCGGGACUAGAAACACGGCUUUCAAGAGUUGCCAUGUUAGUGGUGUUUGCAAAUACUUUGAGAUUUAAACAGCUAAGAAACGGAAAAAAAUUUUAUUUAUUGCCCCUGUACUAUUUUCUGGGUAGUUUUCUGGACUGAUGCAGUGAUAUUUUGUUCCUUCUGUAUUUAUAAUGAAACACUUUUUUAGUGUUUCUAAGCAUAUAGACUCUACUUGGUUUGAAAUCAAGUGGUUGGAACACUGAUUUUUUUUUUUUUUUUUAACACAUGCUGUUGAUUGAAUGCUUCCUUGGGGAAGCUUUCAGUUAGCACUACCAGUCUGAUUCUGUAAAGAGCAGAGCACCUAAUUGCGAUUUGGAGGACCAGUGUUUAUUUAAGCUGGAUUUUUGUGACCCGGUAGAUUUUGGCUUGAGGUCUGACCCCCGAUCUUACAGAAUUAAGAAUUCUAAUGUUGACAUUUGCAUAGGUUUGUGUGGAAAAAAGCCUAGAAAAACUGUAGCUUGAAUAGUGAUCCUAGUGUGAUUACGGGAGGGGAAGUUUUGGUGCCAUAAUUUCUCUUCGUUGGUGUUGGUUUUUUAAUCAGUUGAGAUGUAUUUCUGUACCACAUUGUAAGCUUAAAUAAAAGUUUGCUUAAUUGUCUAGUAACA